UCACCUUCUUCUUCUUCUUCUUCAUUUUUUUCUCUGUUUUUCAGAUCUUUAAUCCUCCUUUUUUUUUUUAAUUUCUUGAUGAAGCAGCUUUCAUGUACGUAAAAACUAAAAAAAACAAAGCAGAACCCUCAUUUCUUUUACGUAAAAAUAUCUCUUUCAGUGCUUCGUGUUUCCACAUUUCUUUUUGAGAGAAAACCCAUAUUUUAGGUAAGUUAUUGUUUUCAACUUUUCUUAGAACCAUUUUUUUCUAGAGAAAAUUUGAGGUAGGAGCGAGUUGUUUUGUUGUAGUUAAGAGGUAUAUGGAUAUAUCGACUGCAUUGCUCCUUUUGGCGGCUAUCACAGCUUACCUGCUGUGGUUCACGUUCAUCUCACGGUCGUUACGAGGUCCACGUGUCUGGCCUCUAUUGGGCAGCCUUCCGGGCUUAAUCGAGAACUGUGACCGCAUGCAUGACUGGAUCUCCGACAACCUCCGCGCUUGCGGCGGUACGUACCAGACCUGCAUUUGUGCCAUCCCCUUCUUGGCUCGAAAACAAGGUCUCGUGACGGUCACGUGCGAUCCCAGGAAUUUGGAGCACAUCCUCAAGUCUCGUUUCGACAAUUAUCCCAAAGGUCCCACGUGGCAAGCCGUGUUCCAUGAUCUUCUCGGUCAAGGCAUCUUCAACUCCGACGGUGACACGUGGCUCUUCCAAAGGAGGACCGCCGCGCUGGAAUUCACCACCAGGACUCUCCGCCAAGCCAUGGCUCGUUGGGUUAGUCGAGCCAUCAAGCUACGCUUCUGCCCCAUUCUAGAGAAAGCUCAAAGCCAAGGUCAGCCGGUUGAUCUACAAGACGUAUUGCUUAGGCUCACCUUUGAUAACAUUUGCGGCUUAGCUUUUGGUAAAGAUCCACAAACAUGCGCCCAAGGUUUACCCAAAAAUGGCUUCGCUUCAGCUUUCGACCGAGCCACCGAGGCCUCUCUUCAAAGGUUUAUUUUGCCAGAGGUUUUGUGGAAGCUAAAGAGAUGGCUCCGGCUUGGCUUAGAAGUGAGUCUGAGCCGAAGCUUAGGCCACAUGGAUGAAUAUCUAUCCAACGUCAUCAAUACACGUAAGCAAGAAUUGCUGAGUCAGCAAAAAGAUGGGAACCCACACGACGAUUUGCUGUCGAGAUUUAUGAAGAAAAAGGAAUCCUACUCAGACGAGUUUCUCCAACACGUGGCACUCAAUUUCAUCCUAGCUGGACGUGACACAUCAGCCGUUGCUCUAAGCUGGUUCUUUUGGCUCAUCUCUCAACACCCAACAGUUGAAGACAACAUCCUAAGGGAAAUCUGCAACGUCUUAAUCGAGACACGUGGCAUUGACACGUCAACGUGGCUUGACGAGCCCUUAGGGUUCGAAGAACUUGACCGACUGAUAUAUUUGAAGGCAGCAUUAUCAGAAACCCUAAGGCUAUACCCUUCGGUGCCGGAGGAUUCAAAGCACGUGGUGGCCGAUGACGUGCUGCCGGAUGGGACUUUUGUUCCGGCGGGGUCGUCGGUGACGUAUUCAAUAUAUUCAGUAGGGAGAAUGAGGUCAACAUGGGGUGACGAUUGCCUCGAGUUUCGUCCUCAAAGGUGGUUGUCAGCGGACGGGGAGGAAUUUAUAAAGCAUGACUCUUAUAAAUUCGUGGCGUUCAAUGCAGGGCCAAGAAUAUGUUUAGGGAAAGGAUUGGCUUAUCUACAAAUGAAGUCGGUGGCGGCUGCGGCACUGCUGAGACAUAAGCUGACUUUGGUGCCUGGCCAUAAGGUGGAGCAGAAAAUGUCACUGACGUUGUUUAUGAAAUAUGGGCUUAAAGUUAACGUGCAUGGAAGAGAUUUGGGGGCAAUUGUUGAAAAGAUUACGAGUGAAGAGAAAAUGCAGGGUAAAUUGUGAAUUUUAGUGCAAAUAUAUAAGGCAUGGUGAUGAGAGUGAUGAUCAGAUGGGGCGGGGGCCACUCAGAGUUGCAUUCUUCACGGAUAUUGAGCAAGCAAGGAAGUUGGGUACAUAAAUCAUGGAAGAUCCUUUUAUAAGAUAGAAAGGAAGGAGAGGUAUUUUUAAUUUACAAUUUAAUAUAUAUACUUCUUUGCUUUUCUUGUAGGGAAUCUUUUGAAUUUAUUUUAUAAAAUUGUUUCAUAAAUCUUCUUGUUUGUUUGUAAUGGAAUUGGGCGUGACAUGAAUUCAAUCAUUCAAUGAAUUAAUUAAGUUAAUUUACUUUGAAUACA